CAACACAAAAUCUCCGCAGCGAUGGUCUUCUCAAUGCUGCUAAAUUUCCUCUACCCGCCGCCGGCGAGCGCGGUGAUAACCGCGAUUUCGGCGAUCUGUUUGCUGGCGAUGAUCAACGGGGGGUGGAUGGAGGUGAAGGGGAAGAAUAUGCAGUACUCGAAGCUAUUGCGCGUGGACGACACGACGAAGGAGAAACCUAAAGUUUCCGUCAAAUUAGGGAUGAUCGGAGCCUACACGCCGGCGUUUUUGGCCGGAGUUUUCUCUCUCCUCGCCUUCCCCAUCGGAGAUCUGCGGUUCGCGCUGCUCCGCGCGGCUAUCACCCUGCAUUUCUUCAAACGACUCCUUGAGGUUCUAUUCGUUCACAAAAUGAGUGCGAUGAUGGAAAUCGAAGCCAUGUUCGUCAUCUCCACGAGCUACUUCCUCUCCUCGGCAGCCAUGAUCUACACUCAACAACUAAUGCUACAACUCCAAGAGCCACCUAUUGAUCUCAAAUACAUUGGAGUCACAUUAUUUUUGGUGGGAAUUGGUGGUAAUUUCUACCACCAUUUUCUUCUAUCAAAACUGAGAAAUAAAGGUGAAAAACAAUACAAAAUCCCACAAGGAGGCCUCUUCUCCCUAGUGAUAUGCCCACACUACUUAUUCGAAAUCAUUGGAUUUUGGGGGAUUUCUUGCAUUUCACAAACCGUUUUUUCGGUUUGUGUUGGUUUGGGCACAACCUUUUAUUUGAUGGGUAGGAGCUAUGCCACUAGCAGAUGGUAUCAAUCCAAAUUUGAGGAUUUUCCUAAAGAUGUGAAGGCUUUAAUUCCAUUUGUAUUCUAAGAGACGAGUAUACGUCUCUUGAAAUAAUUUGAGCGAUAUCAUAGGAUGGACGGACGGAAAGAAUUCACAUAGAUACAUUGAUUUUGUGCUCCUCUUUUGCUCUUGUUUUUAGGUAUUAGUCUGUUGCUUUUCUUUUGUAAUAGUAUCAAUCAAAACAUUAUCAGAUUUAAUAUCUCUAUGAAUCACAGGUGUAUUCAAAGAAUGCAACACAGCUUUAGCAAUCUGCAAAGCCAAUUUGAUCCUCCUCCGGCCUCCCCCAAUUUGGGGGCCGUGAGGUGGAAUGCAAAACAUCAAAAAGUGUACCGUUGCUCAUGAAUUCGACCACCAAAAGGCGAUCUUGGGAGGGAUUCUUGGUGAAUCCGACGAGAUUGACCAAUCUAGGGCUCUGCAGCUUGGACAAGAUGUCGAAUUCGGUGGAAUUCUCGGGCAGUCUGUGAGGGGACGAGGCGGCCGCCGCGGAGGACGCCUUUGUAGAUGAGGCCGUGGCUGCCCCGGCCGAGGAGAGUGGCGACGGAGAAGUUGUCGGUGGCCAAUUCGAGAUCUUUGUAGUUGAAUUCUUGGAGUUUGAUGGGAUUGGGGGUUGAGGUGAGGUGGGAA